UCAUUGGUCAGCUGUGCCUGCCAACAGUCUCCAAAAUGGUUCGCUUUGUGCUUGCUGCCAUCUCGCUGGUCGGUCUGAUUGGAUCGAUCGAGUCGAUCGACUACUGUACGGCUAACUUUUGUGCGGUUGGAGUGCCGAACGUUGGCUGCAAUCCUCCUGCUCUGAGCGGUGGUCCAAACUGCUUCGGAAGAUCCCCAGCGGUGGUACCGAUCACUGCUAGCCUUCAGUCGCUCAUCCUCGAUCUCCACAACACUCGCCGCUCUCAGAUCGCCAAUGGUGGUCUCAGUCCGUUCUGGCCUGCUCGUCGUAUGGCUACGCUGCAGUGGGAUGCCGAACUCGCCUCUCAGGCUGGCCAUAAUGCGCGCUCCUGCAACUUUGCCCAUGAUAGCUGCCGUAACACUGAAGCCUUCCGGUGGGCUGGUCAGAAUCUGGCACUCAUGCAGUACUCCGGACCGGCGAGAACGGUUGAGAGCAUUAUCGAUGGGUUCGUCGCCAGCUGGUGGAACGAGUAUCGCGACACCUCGACCGCUCAUAUUGACAGCUACCCAAGCAAUCAUCAGGGCCCUGCCAUUGGACACUUUACGCAGAUGGCGAGUGAUCGCGCGUGGAAGAUCGGUUGUGCAAUGCAGAACUGGAUUCAGGAUGGAUUCUGGAACACCUACUAUCUGGUGUGUAACUACUCCUUCACCAACAUUAUCAAUCAGCCGGUCUACGUGGUCGGAACUACUGGCUCAGGCUGUACGACUGGCAUGAAUCCGUUCUACUCGGGCCUGUGCUCGGUCAACGAAGUUGUCCCAAAUGUCCCAUAA